AUGACGGCCGAACAGAUCAUCGACGGCACCAUCGACGCACCGCCCGCGCCCUCGUCGGCCGCUUUCUCUUGGCUGAAGCCCCAUCCGAUCUUCGUCAUCAUUCUGGUCGGGCCGGAGGAGACGCCCUUUGGGAUCCAAAAGGACUUCCUGUGCCACCGCUCCACCUUUUACCGACGGUACUUUGCCGACGGGGGCGCCGACGAGAGCGUGGAGCACGUCGUGAGGCUCCCCGACUUCACCGGCGAAGUCUUUGGCCUGGCGCAGCACUAUCUCUACACGGGCCGCCUGCUGGCGGACGACAAGACGGUGCCGUCGUACGAGGCCCUCGUCGGCCUCUGGAACCUCGGCCACAAGCUCGCCGUCGAGGGGCUCUGCGACAAGACGCUCGAGCUGAUGAAGGAGUGCCGCCGCCUCACCGAGCGAAUCCCGGCCCCGCCCCUCCUGGUGCAGGUCUGGAGGGACACGCCGCAGGGGUCGGCGAUUCGACUGCUCCUGCUCUCGUGGGCUGCCGAGUACAUGAGGUUGUCGGACGCGAGGGCCGAGUUUGCCAAGUCGCUGCCGCAGGAGGUCCUGAGCGAGCUCGUCGUCGCCAUGAGCGCCUUCGACAUGUCGCCCGCCCCCGACGCCGACUCGCCCUCGGACGGCGGAGCCGGCGUGGGAGCGCGGAAAAACGUACACUACCUCGACGACGAGGCCGACGAGGGGGCGGCGAGCAAGCCGAAGAAGAGCCGUCGGCCGAGCGGUGUUCAGGGAAUGCCGGCCUCGUCCCAGGAUCCGUCGACCGGCCGCAGGCCAGCUCGCACGCCCCUUCCGAAGCUUACGAAGCGACGGUCGAGCGCGGCAGUCGUCGUCGGCCGGACGUUUACGGCGGCGCAGAAACUGGAAUUCUGCGCCGAUCUGCUGAACAGGAUGCUCUCCGGGCCCGGUGCGUAG